UGCCGAGUCAACGGGCGGAGCUAAGUUUAUCGUGAUUCAUGCUGUCUCGCGAGCACCGAAAGUGGAGCCCCACGUAACAAGAUGACCCGCAGUUGCUCAGCAGUGGGCUGCAGCACCCGGGACACCGUGCUGAGCCGGGAGCGCGGCCUCUCCUUCCACCAAUUUCCAACUGAUACCAUACAGCGCUCAAAAUGGAUCAGGGCUGUUAAUCGUGUGGACCCCAGAAGCAAAAAGAUUUGGAUCCCAGGACCAGGUGCUAUACUAUGUUCCAAACAUUUUCAAGAAAGUGACUUUGAGUCAUAUGGUAUAAGAAGAAAGCUGAAAAAAGGAGCUGUGCCUUCUGUUUCUCUCUACAAGGUUCUUCAAGGUGUACAUCUUAAAGGUAAAGCAAAACAGAAAAUCCUUCAACAGCCACUUCCUGAUAACUCCCAAGAGGUUGCUGCUGAAGACCAUAACUACAGUUUGAAGAGACCUUUGACAAUAGGUACAGAGAAAUUGGCCGAGGUGCAACAGAUGCUACAGGUGUCCAAAAAAAGACUUGUUUCUGUAAAAAACUACAGGAUGAUCAAAAAGAGAAAGGAUUUACGAUUAAUUGAUACACUUGUAGAAGAGAAGCUACUUUCUGAAGAAACAGAGUGUCUGCUAAGAGCACAAUUUUCAGAUUUUAAGUGGGAGUUGUAUAACUGGAGAGAGACUGCUGACUACUCCACAGAGAUGAAACAGUUUGCGUGCACACUCUACUUGUGCAGUAGCAAAGUCUAUGAUUAUGUAAGAAAGAUUCUUAAGCUGCCUCACUCUUCCAUUCUCAGAACAUGGUUAUCCAAAUGCACACCCAGUCCAGGUUUCAAUAGCCACAUUUUUUCUUUUCUUCAACAAAGAGUAGAGAAUGGACACCAGCAAUAUCAGUAUUGUUCACUGAUAAUAAAAGGAAUAUCUCUCAAGCAACAACUUCAGUGGGACCCCAGCAAUCACCAUUUGCAAGGCUUUAUGGACUUUGGUCUUGGCAAACUUGAUGCUGAUGAAAUGCCCCUUGCCUCAGAAACUAUUUUGUUAAUGGCAGUGGGUAUUUCUGGUCACUGGAGAACACCUCUUGGUUAUUUUUUUGUAAAUAGGGAAUCUGGGUAUUUGCAGGCUCAACUGCUUCGUCUAACUAUUGGUAAACUGAGUGACAUAGGGAUCACAGUUCUGGCCGUGACAUCUGAUGCGACAGCUCACAGUGUUCAGAUGGCAAAAGCACUGGGCAUACAUAUUGAUGGAGACAACAUGAAAUAUACAUUUCAGCAUCCUUCAUCUUCUAGUCAGCAGAUCGCAUACUUUUUUGAUUCUUGCCACUUGCUUAGAUUAAUAAGAAAUGCAUUUCAGGAUUUUCAAAGCAUUCAGUUUAUUAAUGGCACCGCACAUUGGCAGCACCUUGUGGACUUGGUAGCUCUAGAGGAGCAGGAAUUGUCAAAUUUGGAAAAAAUCCCAAGAAAACUUGCAGAUUUGAAAAACCAUGUAUUGAAAAUUAAUUAUGCUGCCCAACUCUUCAGUGAGAGCGUGGCCAGUGCAUUAGAAUGUUUGCUCUCCUUAGGCCUCCCUCCUUUUCAAAACUGCAUUGGUACCAUCCAUUUUUUACGCUUAAUUAACAAUCUGUUUGACAUUUUUAAUAGUAGGAACUGUUAUGGAAAGGGACUUAAAGGACCUCUAUUACCUGAAACUUAUAGUAAAAUUAACCACGUUUUAAUUGAAGCCAAAACUGUUUUUGUUACAUUGUCUGACACUAGCAAUAAUCAAAUAAUUAAAGGUAAGCGAAAACUAGGAUUCCUGGGAUUUUUGCUCAAUGCUGAGAGCUUAAAAUGGCUCUACCACAACUAUGUUUUUCCAAAGGUCAUGCCCUUUCCUUAUCUUCUGACUUACAAAUUUAGUCAAGACCAUCUAGAAUUAUUCCUAAAAAUGGUAUUAGUAACCAGUUCUAAUCCUACCUGCAUGGCAUUCCAGAAAGCUUACCAUAAUUCGGAGACCAGAUACAGAUUGCAAGAUGAAGCUUUUCUACAUGAAGUAAGCAUCCUUGACAUUUCAGUUGAUCGAAGGACAGACAUGGCCCUUUGGACAGUUCAGAGCCAGUAUGGCAUCAGUAUUAUGAAGACACUUUUUCACAAAGAGGAUAUUUACCUAGACUGGUCUACUGGUUCGCUAAGUGAGGCACUACUAGAUCUCUCAGAUCACAUGCGAAACCUCACCCGUUGCGCUGCUUAUAUUGCAGAUAGACUCUCAGCUCUUGUACCUUGUGAAGAAUGCAUCAGUGCACUGUAUGCGUCAGAUCUCAGAGCCUGUAAAAUUGGGUCAUUGUUAUGUGUUAAAAAGAAGAAUGGUUUGCAUUUCCCGUCUGAAAGUCUGUGUCAAGUAAUAAAUAUUUGUGAGCGGGUUGUAAGAACUCAUUCAAAAUUGGCAGAUUUUGAAUUACUUCCUAAAAGGGAAGAAUUAUAUCUUCAACAGAAAAUCUUAUGUGAACUUUCUGGGCAUAUAUACCUCUUUGUAGAUUUAGAUGAGCAUCUCUUUGAUGGAGAAGUAUGUGCCAUCAAUCACUUUGUAAAGUUACUGAAGGAGAUUAUAAUCUGUUUCUUAAAGGUCAGAGCUAAAGGUAUAUCUCAGUGCCCUUUAAGACAGUACUCAGUAAGAAAUGAAAUAAAAACUUUGUCAAGGAUACACUGGUCAUCUUUACAGGAUUACAAAUGUUCAAGUUUUGUUAAUACCAACAAAUUCAGACAUCUGCUAAGUAAUGAUGGCUAUCCAUUCAUAUGAGGGACCUAACUAUAUUAAAUUUUUAAUUAAAAAAUAAGUGGUUAGUAUGUAACAUGCAGCUCACCAUAUUUUAUAAAUUGACCAUUCAGCACAAUG